AACUUUCUUCUGUCACCUUGUCACUCGUGGUAAAUAUCGAGUGACACAUUUGGCUGUCGCGCGGUUCCUCGUAAAAUGCCGUACUAUUUCUCUUAUAGGUGAUCGAAUUAAACUCGUGAUUGAAAUUUGGGUGUCUUUACUCUGAUCUCGGUCAACAUGCCGAAAAAAUUCGUUGGCGAAAAUAGCAAAGCCGUCGCGGCCCGAGCCAGAAAGGCUGCCGCAAAGGAAGCAGAAACUACAAAAAAAGCUAAAGAGGCGGAAGACAAAGCUUGGCAGGAUGAUGACAAACAAUUACUAAAGAAAAAGCAGAAACAGGAAGAACUUGAAAAAAAACGACUUCAACAACUAGAGAAAAAGGCGGAGGCGAAGGCUCUUCUCGAAAAGGAAAUGGCUACUAUAAAGGUGGGCGGUAAACAACCAGCAGCAAAACUAACUAGAGCCGAAAUUAUGGCGGUCACAGAAAAACGAAAUCAAGUUGCAAUGAAAAAGAAGGAGGAAGAAAAGCCGAUCGAAGAGAAUUUAAACAGAAUUGUACUUGAAGGAGAAACGGCUCAUGGCAUAGAUGAGGCAUUGGCUGUGCUUGGUGCUGAAGAGGCAGAAGCUGAUCGUCAUCCGGAGAAACGAGUGAAGGCAGCUUAUCUGAGUUUUGAGGAAAGGAUGAUGCCGAUCAUCAAGGAACAGAAUCCCACGUUGAGGCUCAGUCAGUUGAAACAGCUUCUGAAGAAGGAAUGGAUGAAGUCUCCGGAAAAUCCGUUGAAUCAGAAACUCUUAAACCGUUGAUCUACUUCGAAUUACCUAGGGAGUUCUCGUACCCAUUGAAAAAAUAAACUGUAGGAAUCAAGGAAUUGAAAAGAAUGAUCACGUCAGUCGCAUAAACGAGAAAUCACGAUGAAUCGAUGUCUAAACAUAAUUUACUUGUAAAUGAAUAAGUUAUAUUCCGGUGCCGUAGAAUAUAUAAAAUAACAUUAUAUAAAUCAUCUUUGGUACAACUUACAAACAUAUGACAAAAACCCGUUAGCCUCUAAUCAACAACAAAAUAUAUUAACAAACGGGGACGAGGUGGAGUAAAAGAAAGGAGGAUGAAAGAUCGUUAAGGUUGUGCAAAAGAUGGGCAGUGAUUUUCAUAACAAUUGCGCUAAAAACUUUUGGCACGAUUCUUAACGUUUUCCUCCGUCUAGUAUAAAGCGUCGCACAAGGGAAACUUAAUCGUAGAAAACACUCACUGUAAAUGCAAUUAAACGUACAAUUUUCUUUCC